AUGGACGAGCCGGAAAAUGUAUUCCAAAUGUUUGAAGCCCAUAUGCAGAGCUACAAGGGCAGUGACCCUCUCGGUGAAUGGGAAAGUUAUAUGCAGUGGGUAGAAGAUAAUUUUCCUGAAAAUAAAGAAUACUUGACAACUCUAUUAGAACGUUUAAUGAAGGAAUUUUUAGAUAAGAAGAGAUACCACAGUGACCCAAGAUUCAUCAAUUACUGUUUAAAAUUUGCUGAGUAUAACAGUGACCGUCAUCAGUUUUUUGAAUUUCUGUACAACCACGGGAUUGGGACACUGUCCUCUCCUCUGUACAUAGCCUGGGCUGGGCAUCUGGAGGCCCAAGGAGAGCUGCAACAUGCCAGUGCCGUUUUUCAAAGAGGAAUUCAGAAACAGGCGGAACCUGGAGAGCUUCUACAGCAACAGUACAGGUUAUUUCAGACACGUGUCACCAGAACCCAUUUGCCAGCUCAAGCUAGAACCUCAGGACCUCUGCAUAAUGCUCAGAUUUUGAUGACAUCAAAAACAAAUCCAGGAAAUAACUCAGCCUGUAUUUCUAAGAAUCAGGGUUCAGAAGUUUCUAAAGUAACAUCGUCAGAGUGUGAUAAAGAGUCAAAUAUGGAACAAAGGGUGGUCAUGAUUUCUAAAUCAGGAUACUCUGCACAACCCUCUCUGGCAGCCAGAGCUGACGUUCAGCAGGUUGUUAUGUACUGCAAAGAGAAGCUUAUUUGUGGAGAGUCAGAAUUCUCCUUUGAAGAGCUGAGAGCCCAGAAGUACAAUCAACGGAGAAAGCAUGAGCAGUGGGUAAAUGAAGACAGAAAUUAUAUGAAAAGGAAAGAAGCAAAUGCUUUUGAAGAACAAUUAUUGAAAGAGAAAAUGGAUGAACUUUAUAGGAAGUUGCAUCAAGUGGUGGAGACAUCCCAGGAGAGCCUGCCUGCUUUUCAGGAAAGUCCUGAGGUUAAUCCAGCAUGCAUGGAGCCAAGUGUAGACUCCCAGCAGGAACUGAGCCCUCCAUCUCUGCCAGCCAUAACUCAGCAGACCUCAGAGCACUUGGGAGAGAAACCCAGACAGGCACCUCCUGCAGUUCCUCCUGAGGCCAGUGCUGUCACUGCUGCUUUGGUGUCCCCAGCCAUCAGCCAGAGUGUUGCUCCUCCUGUUCCUUUGACAGCCCAGCCAGUGACAGACUCCAUGUUUUCAGUGGUCGGGAAAGAUACCAGAUGCAUGACUAGAAGUGCUCAGGAAUUCAAGCCACAGAACAAAGUUGAGAUAAAAGAAGGAUGUGAAACACAUAAGGUUUUUCACACAACUCCAAACACAUCACUGGGAAUGGUUCAGGCAACACCAUCCAGAGCGCAGCCGUCACCCACGGUGCACACAAAAGAAGCAUUAGGUUUCAUCAUGAAUAUGUUCCAGGCUCCUACACUUCCUGAUGUUUCUGAUGAGAAAGAUGAAUGGCCAUCUCUAGAUCAAAAUGAAGAUGCGUUUGAAGCCCAGUUUCAAAAAAACACAAGCUCUUCUGGAGCUUGGGGCGUUAAUAAGAUUAUCUCUUCUUUGUCAUCUGCUUUUUCUGUGUUUGAAGAUGGGAACAAAGAAAAUUAUGGAUUACCACAGCCUAAAAAUAAACCCACAGGAGCCAGGACCUUUGGAGAACGCUCUAUAAGCAGAUUUUCUUCAAAAUCAAAGGAGGAGAUCCCUCAUGCUGAGGAGUUUUGGGAUGACUCCACCGUGUGGGGUGUCCGCUGCACCAAGACGCUGGCGCCCAGUCCUAAGAGCCCAGGAGACUUUACGUCUGCUGCACAGCUCGCGUCUACUCCUUUCCACAAACUUCAGGUGGACUCAGUUCACACUCUGGAAGAUAAAGAAAAUGCGGUAGCAGCACAUUGUACCCAUGUGACUUCGGAUUCAUGUGAAGAAAACAUGGUGGAACCCUCAAAAGACAAAAAGUUCAGUUCAAUUCAAGAGCAAAGCCCAGAACCAGCAUCCCCCACCAAUGCAUCUUCAGCAUCGUUGCUGCAUCCGAGCCAGCCUACUCCCAGUGGCCUGCUGACCAGCGAGGCGGAGCGGAGCCUGAAGGCUUGUACACUCACAGAUACUGACUUUGCCAUUGUUGGGGAGCCAUCAGAUGCCAGCACUGGGCUCCAGGCAGAACGGAUGCAUCCUCGUUCACUUAGGAAUGUUGAUACCCCAAAUUUCGUUGUUGAGAAUCCAUGGGAUGAUCAAUUGAUUUUCAAACUUCUGUCCGGGCUUUCUCAGCCAGUGUCCUCCUAUGCAAAUGCCUUUGAGUGGCACUGUAAGCUUCCUGCCAUCAAGCCCAAGAUUGAGUUUCAACUGGGUUCUUUGCUGGUCUACAUUGAUCACCUUCUUGGAGAAGGGGCUUUUGCCCAAGUCUAUGAAGUCACCCAUGGAGAUGUGAAGGAUACCAAAAGUAAACAGAAGUUUGUUUUGAAGGUCCAGAAGCCUGCCAAUCCCUGGGAAUUCUACAUUGGGACCCAGCUGAUGGAGAGACUAAAGCCCAAUGCGCGACACAUGUUUAUCAAGUUCUAUUCUGCCCACUUCUUCCAGGACGGCAGUGUAUUAGUGGGAGAUCUCUAUAGCUAUGGAACAUUACUAAAUGCCAUUAAUCUGUAUAAAAACACCCCUGAGAAAGUGAUGCCUCAAGGUCUCGUGCUGUCCUUUGCUAUCAGGAUGCUGCACAUGAUUGAACAAGUUCAUGGCUGUGAGAUCAUCCAUGGAGACAUUAAGCCAGACAACUUCAUACUUGGAAGCAGGUUUUUGGAACAGGACAGAGAUGAUGAUGAUUUAUCUGCUGGCUUGGCACUAAUUGAUCUGGGUCAGAGUAUAGAUAUGAAACUCUUUCCAAAAGGAACUACCUUUACAGCAAAAUGUGAAACAUCGGGUUUUCAGUGUACUGAGAUGCUCAGUAACAAACCAUGGAACUACCAGAUUGAUUACUUUGGAGUUGCUGCAACAGUGUACUGCAUGCUUUUUGGCUCUUAUAUGAAAGUGAAAAAUGAAGGAGGAGUCUGGAAGCCUGAAGGUCUUUACAGACGGCUUCCUCAUUUGGAUAUGUGGAAUGAAUUUUUUCACAUAAUGUUGAAUAUACCAGAUUGUCAUCAUCUUCCAUCUUUGGAUUUGUUAAGGCAAAAACUGAAAGAAAUAUUUCAACAACACUAUACAAACAAGAUUAAGACCCUCCAUAACAGGCUAAUCGUACUGCUCCUAGAAUAUAAGCGUUCUCGAAAAUAA